GUUAGUAACUGUUCACCAUCUCCACGCAAAACAGUCACCAUAAAAUAAGCAACAUGGCGCUCUUUAGGCAUAUCUUACCGAGAAGUGUGACGAAACGCAACUCCAAAGACAGUUUAACAUCAAACAGCACCAACUCUCUCGUGAGUGACGACAACACAGACUGGAAGGUACCUCAGGCAGACGACAGCGUGUGUGACAUCAUCGACAUCUUCAUUGAUGACGUCAAAUAUGACGACAAAAGGGUCGAUCUAAACUCACACUUUUCACUUCACAGGAGACGACACCGGAAGUUAUCCCGCAUGAAGCGAGGUCUGCUGGAAAUGGAGUCAGAAAUGAAGGAGUUACAGCGCAUGCUCACCAGAACGGAAGCGGAAAUAAAGGCGGUUGAAGGCGAAGCAAAGGAAAAACUGGGAGAGCUGGAGAAUGUUCUAAAACGUGUUGAUGUAGAGACAGAAGUGGAAGUGAAGAAGAAGGAGCCUUUAUUGUUUAAGAAAUACACCAACCUGAAGACACCAUCCGAGUGCAAAAAUCUCAUCAGAACUGUCCGUCAGAAACAGAGGGCGCUGCAACACAUCGAGCUGCUCGUCUACCGGAAGUACGUCAGAUUGCAACAUAGCGGAAUACCAAGCCCGGAAAAACCGAAAACGAAGAUGUAUUCACUCCUUCCGGUGAAGCCCGUGAGACUGAAACCGUGUAAGACAUUUUCUGGACCUAAAGACGUUCCUGAGGGCGUGGUGUUUGUUGAGAUUGAGGACCUGAAAACCCCUGAAAGCCCCAUUAGGGGCCUGAGGACGGAGGAAGACAUGUCACGCAUUUCGUACGGCGUGCCUCUUGAGACCGAGGUGUGAUACGCAAUGCUUAUCGGGGGUACGGGUCGCCCAUUUGCCUAAGGCGCGGUAUUCGUGGAUUCGAAUUUCAGGUUCGCCCUGAUUAUGUGUCGCGGUCCGUCAGCAUUAUACUCAUCAUCUCUGUUUUCACAACGAAAUCGAAGCCCUGCAUCACAUCGGGAUCUCCUCCUAUACCGGGAUAUAACUGAUAUAAAGUCAACUCACUCACUCAUUGAAUAAAUAUCAGUUAUAAUGUA